CAUGAGCUCUGAUUUCCAGCAUUACAGUUUCAGAAUGCCUAACAUCGGGUUCCAGAAUCUGCCUCUCAACAUAUACAUUGUGGUUUUUGGCACUGCAAUUUUUGUCUUCAUACUUAGUUUACUCUUCUGUUGCUACUUAAUCAGGCUAAGACACCAGGCCCACAAAGAAUUUUAUGCCUACAAACAGGUUAUAUUAAAAGAAAAAGUUAAAGAACUGAAUUUGCAUGAGAUCUGUGCAGUUUGUUUAGAAGAUUUCAAGCCCAAAGAUGAGUUGGGGAUCUGUCCGUGUAAGCAUGCCUUCCACAGGAAGUGCCUCAUUAAGUGGCUGGAAGUUCGAAAAGUGUGUCCCCUCUGCAACAUGCCUGUUCUACAGUUGGCCCAGCUGCACAGUAAACAGGACCAUGGUCCCCCACAGGGGCCCCUCCCUGGAGCAGAGAACAUAGUAUAGCUCUUCCCACGAAACAGACUCUUGCACACACGAUAUCGAAAUGAACCCCAGGCAGAGAAUUUCAAGUCUGUGAAUUGGCCGUUUCCUGCAGUGAUGCAUCAGUGAUCCCCAUGUCUCCCGACGAGCCUGGAGCCCAGAUGUUUGGAUCUUGUCACAACCAGAACCCUCUGCGACCAUCCAGUGCCCUGGCCCAGCAGUGCCUCAGCCUGCAGACGUGGGGGUCAGGAAGCACUGACCGCAGGACGAUCUCCUGUGAGCUCUGUCACCGUAUGUGCAGCCCAAGCAUUUGUGUCCAAGUAGAGUUUGCCUUUGCUAAGCAAGAACGGGUGAUGGGUAAGUGUGAUAGAAAGGAGUGUGGACUGAGCCUUGGAGGCUAGCCCCCCCACCCCUCCACUACCAGGUGAAGACAUGUGCAGACCAUGCAUGAAACUUUGCAGCAACGGAAUGCCUCCUGUGGUCAGCCAGCAGUUACCUCAUGAUGAAGCAGUGGUUGGUGAGGCCAGCAGUGCCAGCUCAAGGCUCACUGACAUUCUGUUCCUUGAGGGAGGCUUUCUUGGAAUCCUGUGGUCCUAAGCAGCGGGGGGCCUCACACCCACUGGGCAGGGCACGUUUUCACCGGGAAGCGUGGCAUCUGGAAGAGGAAGCAAGGGCCAGAGGAGUUUGGGGCUUUGCCCUGCAGCACUUCACCCUGGAUUUGUGCUUCUGUUCAACCUCCAGGCGUCAAAUAACAUGAGACAGAUAAAGAACUGGUCUGGGCAGAAACCAUCGUGUUCUUACCAGGACUUCAGCCAGCCAGAACUGAGUAACCAAGCUUCUUCAGGAGUGAUGGUGAUAGCCAGAAGACCCAAGUGGAUGAGGGAGCAUCUGGGCUGGGUCAUCACCGCCCCUGAUGACCCAAAGGGAGUCCACAAUCACACAGCGUUCACGGACUGGGCCACCAGUGGAUGGACCAAUGACUCUGUAGGCAGACUGGACACAAACUCCCCUGAAAACCAGCACCCUUAAAAGAACCGAAUACCCAAGGCCAGGCCGAACUUGACAAAGUGAGAAAUGUUGCUCCCCCAACCUUUCCCUUUUUUCUAUUCUCCAAAAACCUGUCAGUUCAACCCCAGGUCUCCCUUUCGCUUCUUGCUCUCCUCUCUCCAUCUCUUGUUCUUAUUAGAACAAAACGUCUGUUGUUGAGUUUCAGGUUAGUUCCAAGGCACUGUACUUAAAACAUCCCACGGAGGGAGCACUCAGUAUUUUCAAAAAUAUUUGAACUUGUAAAUAUUGUCUUCAGCAGCACAGGGUUAAGGACCCAUUGGUUGUGUGUUUAGCUUUGUACUUGGAUCUGGAACACUUCAUUAGUUUAAAGCAUAUUUAUAGAAGAAUUUAGAUGGCUUUUUUUCUCCUUGGCACUCACAGAUUUUUAUGGAAGUGGCUCAAAAGUAUCUGAUCUUUGGGGAUACCAGAAUAUUUUGUAAAUUAACUCUUAUAAAGAAGCAGACGGUCUGGUUAGCUAUUUUCCAGAGUCCAUCCUACCUGCUUGGCAUAAUUUCUUUAUAGCCCUCAUUAUGUCCACAUAGGCUGCUAUGCCUUUAAGAUGUCCCACACCUGUGGGUAGUGGGGACUUUUUUCUUUGGAACAUGGCAGGUGCAAGAUUGAACUAAAAGUAAGAGAUUUCAUCUUCAAGUGCUUCAUACUUUGCACCCUAAUCCCCACCAUCCGUUAGAAGUUUUUUAAAAAAGGAGCAUUCAGUUGAUUCAAGGGUUAAGAGGUUAGAGAAGGAAAAUUAUUAUUAGUUUGAAAAAACAUUGAAAGUUGAGCUCACUUUGGAAACUGCUGCUCUGGGGAGCCAUGAUGGACUGUUUCCUAUGUAUGACCUGUGUGUUAUCUGCAGGCUGUCCUGUUUCCUUAACAAGGUAGUGGACGUGAAGGCUAUUUUUAUAUUAGAGUUUUAACCUGUUCAGCUCCAUGCUUGUUUCCUCAGCCACUGAUAGAAAGGCUACCAGUUCCAAGCACUCCCACCUCCCCUCGUCUUAAAAUGUCUUUCCUUUUUCUGUAUUUGUGGCAGUUGUUAAAUGUUGGGAAACCAAUAGAUUUGCCUAGCUUUGAUGAAACAGGCUUACAGUAAAACAUUUUUAGUGACCAAUGUCAAGAGAGAAGAUUUGGCUCGUCUCUGGAUCUUUACAGCUUAGUUAUUGUUUACAACCAGAUCCUAGAAUUUUCCAGGAACACGGAACAGCUUUGGAAUAAGCGCCAUUUCUUCCAUAUUGGGCUACAAUCAAAACAGAAGUCAGAAAUCUGGAGACUGGUGAAGCUUUUAGCUUGUGUUCUCCUUCCCCUCCAAAGUGGUUUUCUUCUAUCCCGACUGUCUGUGGAAUUGCAUCCUUUGGGGAAUGCUGACUGCCCUGCUUCAUUGGGUGGGGGACCUCACCAAGUGACUUUAUUUUUUAAGGGCAAAACAUUUUAGUCCAAUAUCUUAAAUACGGUUUUCAACCGCAAGCUUGUUCAGAUGUUUACCCUGUAAUCCCAACUGAACUCCAGUCCACUGAAGACCAAAGCAGCAGGACCGAAAUGUCUUAGUAUUUGCAGAUCAGAAAGUAUCUGAACUUGGUACAGUCAUUACAGAUGUCCAUCUCAUGUCUACAGUAUGGAAGUGUGGUUAAUGUCCAAGCAGAAAGCCGAAGCUGUCCCCACGAAUCCAUCUUGACACUUGUUAAUAUGCGGUAUGGACCGAGGUUAAGAAAGAAGUUGAUUGGUAGAAUUGCAUCGGGGGAUUACAGAAAUCUAUACUCUCGGUUCCGCUUCGUCAUCAACUCCUCUAAUGUAGUAUAAGGACACCGUGCCAAAAGCCAAACACGUCUUUCAGACUCUUAAGCCUUAUGACUCUAGCGACCCUGACCCAGGAGAUAACAGAGGUAGAGAUUCCAGAGUCUUGGUGCUGGGAGGGACUGGAGAGGUCCUCUCAGCCAAGCCAAUGGGUCCUUGCUUAGAGACUUUCACCAGUUGAAUUCUCUGCUCUUUCCCAAACUGGUUCUGCACUGAUGUAAAUACCAAAUGGGCUGUGUUUGUGUACUCUUUGGAUUCUGGCCAAAACAAUACGGAACUGUUCAGUUCUUUGACACCAGUAUUAAAUCCAAGAUAGAGAAAGAAGGAAUGAGGAAAAAACCCCUUUGAUCAUUUCAUCAAGCUGAAAGCCCUGGUAAAGUCACUGAUACCACCUGAUCUCUUGCUGUCCCUUGGUGAAGAGCCAGGGGAUCUUAGCUGUUUGUUUAGAUGUUUGGGGACCUUUGCCUACUUACUGAUCAAUGAUUUUUGUGCUCUUAACUGAAAUGUGAAGAAAGGAGGCUAAAAAGUUGGACUAUGCCAGCAGGCUCUUGGGUCAUUAGAGAAGCACUUUGCUGGCCAUUCAUUCACCUUCUCCAGAUGCUGAACUGGAAUCUGCCAUGUUCUUUGGGAUUCAGGGAUAGGACACAGAAUUCCAGGCCGGAAGGCAGCACAGGCCUUCCUCGCUUUCUUAGCUGCUUUGCCUCCUGUUAGGGAGGAAUUCAGUUGGUCUGUUCCACAGCAGAGUCUGGAGCAUUUUUUACUUCCUCAGAUGUGUUGAAGGUAGACAGGAUACCUGCUAGGAGGUAUUUAGGGAUAAUGAAUAAGUGAACAAAUGCAAAAGUAUCCAGCACCUCCUACUCUGUGCCCGUUGUACUAGGUGCUGGGAUACAAAUGCAGAAGUGAGAUAGAUGAUCCCCGCCCUCUAACAAUGGAGACAACACUUGUAGAUCAGAUCUUGAACAUGAAGCAAGCUGGGCUUGUAUUUUUUCCCUAUUUGCUGAAUCCCUCAUACCUAGAAGUAGCCUGUAUCACUUGGCAGUGGUAAUGUUAUUACUUAUCAUGAUGCCUAUUAGUGCAUCAUGAUACAGUAACAACAUAAUUAGACCAGGUCGAUGACCGACAGGGAAAUGCUUUUCAGGCCAGCACCCCUUCAGUUACAACAUGGACCUCAUUAGAGUAGUGAGACUUCCCUAGGGCACUGGAUCCCCUUCAGACUUUGACUGGUCACCAAUCCAGGAGCGCUCAACGUGCUGCCCAGGAACCAGUGGCCCCUGUAUCUUCCCCUUAGGAACAAAGACCUCAGGCUCUCCUCUGAUCUUCCUGGGCUGAAGCCUCUCCCUGCUUCAGCUGACUUGCCCAUUCACUGCUUUCUUGUCCUGUAGUGUUCAUGACUACCUCGGAUGCACCAUUGCCAACAGCCGGGGUGGGGGAGAGGGGUGUCCCGCCUCAGAGAGCUUGCCUGCUGCGUCUUCACACGUUAACCCAACGCAGUGAUAGGUCCCCAGAGCUCAUCCCUGGGGUUGGCUGACUGGCCGGGGAGGCCUCAGCCCUUCCGUUGGUCGUAGUUAGUUCAUCUGGAAAUGCUGAUUCCAGAAUCACGGAACAAGUGGAGUUAACAUUUUUUGAAACACGUUCCUUUCCAGUAAGGCAUAUCAUUGGCUUGGCUGCGACAUAAUGGAAUUCUCUGUUUCUAUACAAAUUAGAAACUUUCCAUUUCCUCCCUCACCCUUGCCAUAAAUGCCCUUGAUUUGACCUUUUAAGUGCCAACUGAAUGGUGAUCCGAUGGAGACCUUGUCAGAGCAUUCCUGGUAGCUUGAGUCAACUGCGUGGGAGUGGCAGGUACAAUCAACGUUUUCCACUCCCCUUGUUUAGCCAGGUCUUUUCCAUUGAUUGUUAGAGUUCAUGGAAACGUUGCCCUUAUCCUCAGCAAUUCCCUAAUGAAGAUGAAGAGUCCAGAUGUGAUGGGAGAUGGAUGAAAAGCAAAGGGGCCACAAGCAGCCUGUGAGGCUGCCUGGAAGAUCUCUUCCC